CCGGUGCGGGGCGGUCCCGGUGCCCCUUUCGCUUUCCCUUUCCUCCCCUGCCCUCCGCCGGCCCCUCCCGCCGCGCUCCCAUGGCGGCCCGCUUCCACUUCAGGAUGCGGGAGGAGGAGGCGGAGGACGAGGCGAGCUACUGGGCGUACGACUCCACCUGGGAGGAGGAGGAGGAGGAGGAGGAGGAGGAUGGCGGCGGCGAGGAAGCAGGCGAGCCGGCGGAGGCGGCAGGCGGGGCGGAGCCGCAGGCUGCCGGGGAGCAGCCGGUGCGGAGCUGGCUGGGGGGCUCCUGGCAGGCCCAGCCUAGGUGGUAUACUUUAUGGCUGAAGCUGAUAAAGUUUUUGUUCAAUACUGAAUGCUCAGGCAGGCGCAACUGGAACGCAGCAAGAGACCUGCAGAGAUACAGACGUCGGUACCCGGACUUGACAGAAUCAGAAAAUGAGGAGGAAGAAGAGAUGUGGAACUUAAGCUUUUACAAAAAUGAGAUUCAUUUUAAGCCCAAGGGUUUGCGUAUUGAAACUCUGCUUCAAUCUUGGUGGGACAACUAUGAAGUUCUGGAGGAAAACCAUUCUUACAUACAAUGGCUCUUCCCUUUACGUGAACAUGGGAUGAACUUCCAUGCCAAACAACUCACACGUCAAGAAAUCCAGGCCUUUAAGAAGUCUGAAGAAGUGAUGCAAAGGUUUGUACGUGCUUAUCAGCUGAUGCUGAGGUUUUAUGGGAUCACUCUGGUCAACGAGGAAACUGGAGAACUCAGGAGAUCAGAGAACUGGGUUGAACGAUUUCAGAACUUGAACCGAUACAGCCACAACAAUUUGCGGAUCACGCGCAUCCUGAAGUGCCUGGGGGAGAUGGGGUAUGAACACUAUCAAGUGCACUUGGUGAAGUUUUUCCUGACAGAAACUCUCAUUCACGAAACGUUACCAAAUGUCAGGAGAAGUGCCUUGGAUUACUUCCUGUUCACCAUCAGAAGCAAACAGAAGAGAAGGGAACUAGUCCACUACGCUUGGCAGCACUUCAGACCUCGAGGGAGCUUCGUGUGGGCACCACGCAACAAACUCCUCAAGUACAGGGCACACUCUGCAAAGUCCCAGCUACACCAAAAGGCUGAAGAUAAACAGGAAAUUCCUGAUAAAAAAUGUGAUGGAUCUGUGGAAGAGCAUCAGAACCAGUCUCUAGAGCAGGAACAGAAAGCUGGGGAUGCUGCAGACUUGCAGCCUAAAGUGAAUGAUGAAGAUGUAAAGGAGAAGUUAAGCGAAUGUGUUUUGAAGGGAAGGGAUGGUGAGGAGGAGAAUGGGGCUUCAUUUACACAGCAGGAGGAGAAGGGUUUAAACAGUGAGACCGAAGAGGUGCAGGGUGCAGCAGAGAAUGAUUGCACAAAGGAGAGCAAGAAGAGAAAACUGGAUGCAAAUAUGGCAGAUGCUAAAACAUGUGGGGCAUUGAAAAGCCCCACUGACAUUGAAAACAUUUCCCGUAAUCUGGGGGAAUGUGCAAUUGGUGCAGAAAUCUCCUCAGUUCCACUCUUAGAAGCAGGAGAGGAUCAGGAAACACAGAAAGAAGAUAGUGCAAGCACCAAAGACUCCCCAGUGCCAGAGACUGCUGGUGCAACUGUGAAACGGAGGAAAGUUGAUAAAAGAACAUCCAGAAGCAAACCAUGCAACUUGGCCAUAAACCUAAACAUGGGGCUUUCUACUUCUAGUGCCAAGUUAAAUCCAUCUGUUGCAAACACUGAGGCUGUAAAAGAAAAUACCAGUGAGAAGAAUUCAACUGUGGAAGCAACAAGUGAGAAGGAUGGUGGUGAUGCCAGUGGUGGGGCUGUCAGAGCCCCGGCUGAGUCUGGGCUUCCUGAGACUGGCUGGACUUCUCCAAUAAGUGAUGGCUUGGAGUCUAGUGGAGAUCAAGUCACAGCAAGGAAUGAUGAGCACCACUGCAAGAGCACAUUUCUGGGAGGCAAAAGUGAGGUAGAUGGGGUAGAACAGCAUAAGACCACAGAAAAUGCAAGUGGGAAGGGGCAAGCAGAAGUCACAAGCAAGAAACAAGACCCAGAUAGUCUUGAGCAGAGCAUGGCAUCCACGUGUCCUGAAGCAGACAGUGCUGAGGCUACAUCACAAAAACCUGAAAGCUCUGAGGACAGAGCAGAACCUGAUGAGGAGCAGGUAGCAGCAGAGUGAGACCAGCUCUGCAAGCACUCGAGCAAGUGGACAUGACCCUGCCCUGACUGCUAGGACCCAGCUUCAGUCACCUGGACAGCAGAAGUACACAGAAAAAUCAACUUUCUUUGGGCUGAUCCAGACGAGCCCUUGUUGGACUUUUACCCUUCCACACUUCUUUAAUUAUCUGUAGUACCUCACUGAGAUCCAGCCCUUGGUUACCUUAAAGAGGAAAACUAAUAUAGUCAUCUUCACAGACAGGCUGUGUCCUGUUCCUAGUUUUUAUCUGAUGUUCAGGACACUCUUGGAGUAAGAGGGAUUUUUGCACUUUGCUUUGGUUCUGAUAUGUCCCUUCUUAAACAGCAGAGGGAAACUGUAAUAAUCUGUUUCCUUGUUUGAAUUAGUCAAAUAUUUGUUAAAUACAUGAUUUUUAGUGUAUGGCCUAAUUUAGCAUGACCUAAUUUGCCAGACCUUUCGAUCACCAUGUAACUGUUUCUUAUUUUGAAAGGCUGUACCUUCCCAGGAGGUUUAUUCCUGGCCAAGAUGCUGUGUGUCUGCUUCCUAGAGCAUCAAUAAUUAUUUUUGUGGCAUUUGCCUGAAAGAUUGUGUGUUUCACAUCAGGAAAGAGCAUAGUUACCUCUCCUCCUGUAAAGAGAGCAGGUUUGACUUUAAACUGGGAUGUGUAGCCAAAAGGUAUCUCUGACCAGUAUUAACCUUUGGGCACAGGUGCUGUUCACUAGGGUGCAAGGUGCUGAUUCAUUUGUUCCAUUUAUCCCCUGCAGAAGUUGCUUUGUACCUCUGGUUUGAAUUGAGAAUAUGAUUUGUCUACUGGUUUCUAAGGGAAAAAACCUUCAGGCUCCACAUCAAGCUGCUUUUCCCCAGGUUUUUCCACCACUUUCAGACCCUUGAUAGUCGUCCACAGAUACUUAUGCCCACUACUGGUUCAGAGUCCUUCCCUCCUUCCUCAGUAGCCAAAAAUGGAACAGAUAUUUGUCAUUGCAUCUUUGCAGACUCUGCCAUUAAUUUGCAGUGGGACUGUCUGUUCCACAGACCCAUUCCAUGAAGUUAGAUGUGGCAAAUUUAACCCACUUCCUAGUUUGAGGCAGGAUUGUUUUACCAUUAAUGAUCAGCAUGUCAGACAGUGAGGGCAUGUUACAGUGCAACAUGUCUGGAAACCACUGGGCUUUGUGAGCAGUUAAUUGAAAUUUUAAUUGGAGGGGGUACACUUGUCUGGUUCAUUUAUUUAUAGCCCUCAAGAAUUUACUUUCAGACCUCGCCAGCCUUGAUGUUGCUGACCUCCCUGUUAGCUGCUCUGCCUGAUUUAUACAGUAUUCAACCAAGUCUGAAGGAGCGUUAAACAAUUUAGCACUUGAGCUCCUGGGGGUUUGCAACAGAGGACUUGCUUUGUGAAGUGGAGGAAACAGUUUCCAACAGCCAGAAGGUCUGAGCUUCCUGUUUGCUCAGAUUGUUUGAGUUUGUGGGUGUUUGGGUCCUGUUCGGUUUGUGUAGGAGAUGGCUAGAGGCUUGCCUGCCUUGCCAGAGAGCAGAUUCUGUAGCCUGCACAGUGUUCAUGUUUUUCCUCUCUCUGCUACAGUCCUAAGUAGUUCCAUCUUUCAAGGAAUUUGAUCAGUGACUUCCCUUCCCAGACUGUAGAUCCUGGUCCAACAUGCCACAUACAUGUGUGUGGGAAUGAAAGUCUGCAAGCUUAACAAAGGUCCUGGUCACACACAUGCUGGAGAAAGGCUUUAAUGUUUUUAAAACGUGGGGUUUUUUCCUUCUUAUGAAUAAAUGGAGUUAAAGAGCCAAUGAGAAUACACUUAAUGACAUAUAAAUACUUGAAGAUGCUGAGUGAAAAUCCUUUCAUAAAAAAAUUCAUGGCUUUUGUACAGAUUUAUAGUAAUUUUCUUAUUUAAUGAAGUUCUCAUUGUGAAUGUGUGCUCAGCUGGGGCAUAUAUUUGUACCUUGUUAUGGUGAUGUGAGAUGUGGUUUUGUGUUUGAUGGGAUUUCACUGUGAGCCCCAGGCUGGAGUGCUCAAACCAAACUUCCCUCUCACCACCAGGUUCAGAGCCCUGGCUGCUGAUGUUUGCAGUGAGUUCACAGGAUGUUUUCCAGCAGUCAAAGCUGUAUCGUGGGAUCUGUUCUGUUACUGUCACCUAUUAAAGCAUGACUACAAUGCA